AUGCGGUGGCUCAUGCUAUCGGACCGUUCUGAUGAACUGAAGGAAGGAUCGGAUAUUGUGCUUGGAACGAUCCUAGCCAUGGAGAGAUGUGGUACUGAAGUGAUCGAUUUGAUUGGAUCCUUGGAGGCGAUCGGGACCAGUGACAUACUGAAGGAGGAUCGACUGGAAAUAGGAUCGAGUUUGCUGAUGCGUGUGGCACAAGAGGGAGUGACUGGUUCUGGGGCGCUAAGCAUGGCUAGCGUACUGUAUGUUCUGGAUGGCUUGUUGGAGACCAAGCCGUCUCUCUUUGUCUACUUGGGUCACGUGGGGAUGGUUGGCUGUGUGACUAAGAAACAAGGGGAUUCAGUUAAGUGUCUAAUCAAGCUACUGUACGUACAUAUAUAUAUACUCAGUGUUCCGAGUGAAUUGGAUGGUUUUUUUUUCCGUGACAGCAUAAGAUCAACCAUUGAGAGGUACAAGAAGGCUUCUGAUAACACCAACACUCACUCUGUACAAGAGAUUAAUGCAGCGUACUAUCAACAAGAAUCUGCAAAGCUGAGGCAACAGAUCCAAACGAUUCAAAAUUCCAACAGGCAUCUGAUGGGAGACUCUUUGAGUGCCUUAAGUGUCAAGGAGCUAAAACAGGUUGAGAAUCGCCUUGAGAAAGCCAUCUCUAGAAUCAGGUCCAAGAAGCAUGAGUUGCUUCUAGCUGAAAUCGAGAACCUGCAGAAAAGGGAGAUUGAGCUUGAUAAUGAGAGUAUCUAUCUCCGAACCAAGAUAGCAGAAGUGGAGAGGUUUCAACAUCACCACCAUCAUAUGGUUAGCGGUACAGAGAUGACAGCAAUCGAGGUCUUAGCCUCUCGCAAUUACUUUGCUCAUAGCAUUAUGACUACGGGUUCUGGCUCUGGAGCUGGCCAUGGAUGUUCUUACUCUGAUCCCGACAAGAAAAUUCAUCUUGGAUAAUCUCUUGGACAGAGAAAAAAACAAGCUGAAUUAAUGGCUAUAUGAAGCUCUCUACAUAAACUAUGUUUGGUGUUAUUGUAAUUCAAAGAACAACGAAGGUAUUAAUCCUUCAAUACUUGUUGGAAACUUGUGUUUGUGUAAUAAUGAAGACAUACUUUGGUUUUAUUGUUUGUUUAUGAAAUACAUUAUGG